AAAAAAAAACACGCUGUCCUACUCCUCAGCGAAGUAUGGAAUUAAUAAAUCUUUCAAAGUAGCUAUGUGCAAAAUUAUCUGUUCGUCGGCGUCCCUUCAAGGCUUCAACAACCCUUCGGUAGGGUUCCGGCGACUCCGGAUGGCCGGUCGCCACCGUAACCCGCUGCCUUCUUCCUUCUCCCGCGGCGCCGGUGCCGGAAACCACCCGCACCCUCCUCCGCCCCAUCACCCUCAUCUCCCGCCUUACCACCUCGACGAAUUCCGCGAGCCGCCGCGCCUCCCCCCGCACCACCUCGAUGACUUCCGAGACCCGGCUCGCCUGCCACCAGGCCACCCCGACAGCCUCCGCGAGCAUCCUCCGCCGCCGCGCCACCACUUGGCGGGCCACGGCGGAGGGACCCUGCCCCCAGCAUCGCACAUGGCCGCGGCGCUGGAGGAGCGUAUCGGCGCGGAGAUUGAGGAGGCGCACGCGCUGCUCGGACAGAACCAGCGACUCUCUGCGACGCACGUGGCGCUCGUGCAGGAGGUCUCCGCCGUGCGGCACGAGCUUGGCCACACCGCUCGAGCCAUCGGCGCCGCCCAGCAAGAGGGAGAUCUCCGUAUUCGCGAGGUCUAUGAGAGGUUAAUGAAAAUGGAAGCAGAGCUCCGAGCAGUAGAGGAGAUGAGAGCGGAACUUGCACAUGUUCGUAUGGACAUUCAACAGCUGGGUGCAGCAAGACAGGAACUCAUGGGUCAGAUCCAGGGAUAUACACAAGAUUUGGCUCGUUCAGCAGUAGAGUUGCAGCAGGUGGCUGCAGUGAAAGCUGAGACCCAAGAACUCAGGCAUGAAACACAGCAUUUAAGAUCCAGUAUUGAGCUUGAGAAGAAAGGAUAUGCAGAGAGUUAUGAGCAGGGACAAGAGAUGCAGAAGAAAUUGGUCUCAGUUGCUUCUGAAGUGGAGAAACUUCGUGCUGAGGUUGCUAAUGCUGAGAAGAGAUCACGAGCUGCUGUAUCUGCAGGCAAUCAAGGUUACGCUGGAAGCUAUGGAAAUCCUAAUGCCAAUUAUGCUGCAAAUCCUUACAAUGCUGGAUACAGCAUGACUCAAGCAAAUGCUACUGAUUCUGGUUCUCAGUAUGGGGCUGGGGCAGCGCAUAGUUCCUGGGGCGCCUACGACAUGCAAAGAGCUCCAGGACGGAGAUGAAUACCGACAUCCUCCUCCCUUUUCUUUUAUUAUUAAAUCUGGUCCUGUUAGCGAAGUAACAAACGGAGAUUUCUGGCACAACCUGAUUUCUGUGCAAUGUUAAUUUAUGACGAGUCAGAUAUGCCUUGUGUAUUUGUUGACCUUAAUCUGAGUGAGUUACACGCUCAAGUGUAGUGCACGUUACAGUAAUCUAGGUUACCGCAAAA